AUGUUUUCGCCUUGUAGAUUCUGCGAGACGAGUCGGACGAGCCGGCCAUCACGCUCGAAAAUGCGGUUUCCCUACGGCAGUAUUACCCCACAUGGGCAUCCUCUGUACUUCGCUUUCUGGUCCUUAGCAACAGUGUCGGCCGCAAAUCUAGAUGACUUGGACGUCAACAGGUGGGAUCAAGGACCAUCAGCCCGGAAACUGUUCACCAGCUCGCCUGACUAUCCUAUCUCCAGCUGGGCGCCGAGCUCACACGAAUCAAAUGUGCAAUCGGAGGUAUCGAAUUCCGGAGCUCACCGGCUGUCACCGUCACCCUUAACCGAACAGAAUCUCCUCGAGCGGCUCGGAGACUCUUCCGUUAUUGGAGAACCAUCUAAGGAUUAUUUUGAACUUCUGGCCGACGACCAAGCAGGCUCGAGAAAGCGCGUUAAGCACAGCCAAGGACAGCAGCUUUCCACCCGCAGGACGCCAAUUUAUUAUGAAUUUAUGCCAGGCUCCUCACAUGCCCAUGAUGGCGAUGCUGCACACCUUCGUUCAAGCCCCGAGGGUCAAGUCAAUCAGGGUCAAAUUCAAGCCCAGGUCCAACGCGUUGUUCCUCUUGAUCUCUUGAACAUCCCAAUGGAGCAUCUGACCUCUCAAGUAGCUCAAUCUGUUGAAGAAAGAGCGCCUUCCACCCACGAGAUGUCACCUAAACGUAAAAUCUCAGAAUCGGUGGAAACUCAUACAACUAACGAGGAGGCCAGUCAAAACGUCCUACCCCCAGGCCUGUUUGGGGCAGGGGGGCAAAUUUUGGUGCCGAUUGUAUACCAGUACUACCACGCCUUCGCGCAAAAACUUGAUUCAAGUGAUUUCAAACGGGCCAAGGUGUCGCCGCAAAACAUACAUCAUACGUUGCCCAUCGGUUUCAUGAUCAGGCCGGGUUGCCGAAUCACAAGAAUUCUCGACGAUUCCCAUCAACGCACUCAAAACUGGCGACUUCUCAAAAAGCAUUACAAGGGCUUGCUUCUCACGAUACAUAAUUUCCACUUGAGACACCCAGGUAGCCCAGCUGAACACAUGGUGCAUGUAAGGAGCAUUUUCAACAGGGUUGACAAAGAAAUAUUCGAACCAGAAAACGGGGUCCCAUUCCUGGGUAUUAGCCAGUUCACAGCAAAAGGUUGGAAGGAAAAAUUUUCUGAUACUGUAUUUGAAGAUGUUCAGAAAAGCUUGUUGAAAUAUAUGUCAAGCGGAUCGACAGAGCUACUCCCUCGUUUGGCAUCUGAUCUGAUAAAAUCUUAUCACAGAGAUUUGGAAAGUAAUGAAUCAACCCUAAGAAACCACCGCGAACAACUCAGCAAACUAGAGGCAUCCUCAGAAAUAAAGAUGCAACCAUACUUCCGGGCAAGGUUCGACUAUAUUUUCAGCUUACCAGACGGCUAUCCACGCUUUCAAGCCUUUCUCGAUCGCGGAGAAGGAGCAUUGUUCCCAGGCCACCCCAGCUACGAGGUGUUUAACAAAGUGUCUGAAAAGUUCGAGCAAGAAUUUCGAACAAAAAUUCAUCGAACCAACUUGAGGACGGACCACGCAGCAUUACAAAUCGCUGUGCUAUCAGAAAAGACAAGCAAAGAUGUACAAGUCAUGCGAGUCUUGAAUUCUGCAAUGGAUCGUCCAUAUACCAUCGAGCCUUUCAUGUCUGUUUAUAAUCACUUGAUCAAGUCGGUAGAGUUCCUUCAUGUGGCGAUUCUUGGCCAGUUGGAGUUAACAGGAGGUGAGAGAAAUCGGAGAAGACUGGAUGUCUUGUCUUGGAUCAGUGAAGAGAUCACCAAACCGAAGGAAAGCUUACCCGUAUUCGGCAUGAUUCAAGAUAACAUCGAUUCAUCAAAUAUGGAGGACAGAAUGCUCUCUGGUGAAAAAUUAUUUGGACCAAUCCAGGUAUCCUUGAUCAAAUAUUUUUCGAGCUCAGAAUUGGCAAGGUCUGGACAUUUUCCUGAAACAAGGUUUACUGCCGCAUUUGCUCUAGCAAGUUGGUAUGAAGUCAAUCAUCCAGAAGAGUUUAACAAUUUCUUCUUUCAUCAAUCAUCUCGUUGUGAAAACUUGGAAGAGGCACUUGAACUUAAGAAACCUUAUAUCCACCCUUUCUAUUGCCGUGAUGCUUGA